AUGACUACUACUUCAAGACUACGGAAAUUUGAUAAAUCAUUAAUACAGGAAUCAACGUCGACUGAAACUGCCGAUAACACAGAAUUGAUUGAUAUUGAUGAUCAAACCAAUUUAAUUGAUCAAUUGACAAUAACUAAUCAAAUCAAUUAUGCAAAAUCAAUGAAAUAUCUUAUUUAUUUAUAUAUUUUACAAAUUGUUUUGGUUUUAUCAUUAUCAAUAACUCAAACAAAACGAUCAAAUAAUUCAAUCAACAACAGUAACGCAAACAAAAAAACCCAUGUUGAUCAUCGCUUACAAUAUAUUUUAUUGAUUCUUCUGAUUUGUUUAAAUAUCAUCAAUGUAAAAUUUGGCACCAUCACCACCACCACCACCAACAACAACAACAUUAACAAUAUAAUUAGUCAAGGAUCACUGAUAAAUUUAAAUAAAUGGAUGAAAUGGAUCAAUAGAUUAAUCACAUUACAAUUAUUAUAUCAUGGAUAUCUGAUGAUAAUUGUGUCAUUGACAACUAAUAUUAUUGAUCAAUAUCGUGGGAUAUUAUUUAUGAUAUUACCUGGAUUUAAUAUUUUCAUGCCAUGGUUAUUUUUUUAUUGGUAUAAACAUAUGGAUAAACUGGUUCAACAAUUGAAUGAAUUGAAAUAUGAAUAUAAAAAUGUCUAA